UACAUCUUUCAGUUAUAAUGUAGAAAGAAUCCAAAAUAUUUUGAUUUUGGCUCGAAGAAAAUCAAUUCAUAAUAAUUGCAAUAAUGAUAAAACAUAUUGGUUUACUAUUUGCAUUGUUGGCUCUAACUAAUGAAGUACGAUCACAAAUAAAAUUAACUAAAGUAGGUACAGUAACAGAUUUGCAAGACGCACUCGAUAUAAUCAAGACUGUACUAAAAAACAAUGAUAAUAUAGAACCAAAUGAUAAUGACGAUGGUCUUAGAACAUUUAAUUCAGCUGAAUGGAAUUAUGAUUUUGGAGAUAUAAACAACGCUCAAGUACAAUUGAAAAUUAAACCCAUCGAUGAAAGAGAUCCUAAUAAAAAACAGUUUAGGUACAGACCUCGAUUUCGUCCUUCGAAACCGAAUAUCAAUAGCAAUAAGAUGACUACGAGAAGGAUGACUAUCAAACCAUACGCUACAGUGACCCAGAACUUCGUAAAAAAUGUCUUAAGUAUUAUAAGUGGAUAGCUGUAAGUGCAGUUUAAUGGAAAAUUUAUAUUUUCGAAGAUUUAAUCAUCAAAAUAAAAACGUCUUUACAUAAACUUGUGGAAAACCACUUUAACUCGUUGAGUACCGUCAUGAACAAUAGGUUGCGGUCACCGGUGUCCUCGCGGUGUUUGACAGUUUAAAGUGAAACGUUAAAACGAUCUUUAUGUAUAAUAUCUGUAAUAAUUUUAUAACCACCAUCUGUACACUUAGUUGCAA